AUGUCUGCUGUACGUACUGUUGCUGCCUCGAACACACAAAUAUUGUCUUCUUUACAACCACCUCUACAUGUCGUCGUAGGUGGUGGUACAUCUGGUAUUGGUCGUGGAAUCGCUCUUGCAUACCGUAAACAUUGUCCAGACGCUCAUGUGACAAUUAUUGGACGUAAUCAAUCUGCUGCCGAUGAAAUCCUAUCUCAAUUAGGUCCAAAUGGAAAUUUUAUACGUGCCGAUCUUUCAUUGAUGUCUGAAAUUCGAAGAAUUACUAAGCAAAUUAAUGCAGUUGACGUACUCGUUUUAUCUCAAGGCAUAUUAACAUUUACUGGUCGUACACCAACCAAAGAAAAUAUUGAUGAUAAAUCGGCUGUAAGUUAUUAUGGUCGAGUUUUAUUUGUCGAAGAACUUCUCCCAUUACUUCGAUCAUCUCCACAUGGUGGUAAAGUUCUCUUUGUUUUGAAUAGUAAAAGAGGUAAUCCAUCGAAAAUCAAUUGGAAUGAUAUGGCACUCGAAAACAAUUAUUCGCUUUUGGCAGUUUUUAAUCAUGGUCUGGCAUUUACUGAUCUUGUCAUUCAAUAUCUUGCUUCUCAACCAGAAAAUGCCAAUGUUAGUUUUAUACAUGCAUUUCCAGGUAGUGUUAGAACUCCUAUAGCCAAUGGUUUACCUUUUUAUCUUCGAUUACCUGCAAAAGCUUUGAGCGCCGUUGGUUGGGGUAUCAGUCCUGAAGAUUGUGCGGAAUUUAUGAUACAUGGCAUAUUAGGGACAGAGAAAGGUUGGAGAUGCAUCGAUGAGAAAGGCGAAACUGUCCCAAAUAAGGAAGUAUCAGAUGAAGAAAUGUUAAAGAAAGUUUGGGAACAUACUUGUGAAAUCACUUCGCGUACCGCUCAAUGA